AUGCGACGAGUUGUCGUGACAGGGCUCGGCGCCAUCUCGCCCUUUGGCGUCGGCGUGCGCGCCACGUGGAAGCGUCUGUUGGCUGGAGAAUCAGCCAUCACCAGUGUGGCCAACCUCGAGCCGCAAAACCGCUGGAAAGAUCUGACGAGCACAGUUGCUGGUGUAGUCCCCAGCCAUGGCCCAGGUUCCGAUCAGUGGCGACCGGGCGACUGGCUGGACGCCACGGAACAACGUCGCAUGUCCAGGUUUGCCCAGUACGCCGUAGCUUGCGCCGACAUGGCAAUGAAAGAUGCCGGGUGGAAUCCGCAAAGCCAAGAGGACAUGGAGGCCACUGGUGUGUGCGUUGGCAGCGGUAUAGGAAAUCUGGAGGAGAUAUACGAGACGAGCUUGGCGUUCAAUCAACAAGGCUACAAGAAGGUUUCGCCGCUGUUCGUCCCCAAAAUUCUCAUCAACUUGGCCGCUGGCCACAUCUCAAUGAAGUACGGAUUGCAGGGCCCGAACCAUUCCGUCACUACCGCCUGUACCACGGGUGCCCAUUCCAUUGGAGAUGCCAUGCGAUUCAUUGCGUUUGGGGAUGCGGACGUCAUGGUGGCUGGCGGGACGGAAUCCUGCAUCCAUCCCCUGACCUUUGCUGGUUUCGGGAGGGCAAGGUCCCUCUCCACAGCCUACAACCACAACCCCCACGCCAGCUGUCGUCCCUUCGACCGCGACCGCAAUGGUUUCGUCGUUUCGGAGGGAGCGGCAGUCCUGGUCCUGGAGGAACUCGAGCACGCCAAGGCCCGUGGGGCCAACAUCUACGCGGAGGUGAGGGGCUACGGCUGCAGCGGCGACGCACAUCACAUGACGGCCCCGCGGGAGGAUGGACACGGGGCCUUCCGCGCCAUGAAGCUCGCUCUGAAGAACGCGGAAGUCCGGCCGGCCGAGGUGAGCUACAUCAACGCGCACGCUACUGGGACGCAGGUUGGAGACGCGGCAGAAGCUUCCGCGAUACGAAGCAUCAUGACGGGCGAGGAGGGGUACGCGGAAGAGUCUCAGGUCACAGUGAGCAGCACCAAAGGCGCGGUCGGCCAUCUGCUAGGAGCGGCUGGCGCCAUCGAGGCCCUGUUCGCCGUGUUAUCGGUUGCAGAGGAUAUCGUACCGCCUACACUGAACCUCGAGAACCCAAAUGUCGGGGGAUCCAUGAACAUGGUACCCCUCGAGGCACAAGCGAAACAGGUCAACGUUGCUAUUUCCAACAGUUUUGGGUUUGGCGGGACGAAUGCCUCGCUGGUUUUCUCCAAAAUUCGUUAA